AUGCCUGGAAUCCCAUUCGGCGCUCUCGACAACCUGAAGGGCAAGCUCAAGGCUGCCUUCAAGAGCCGGGCCGAGAAGAAGGCGAAGAAGGACGCUGAGAAGGCCAAGAAGGACGAGGCGGCCCCGGCUGCUGCUACUGGUGAGAGCAGCACUGCUGCUCCCGCCGCGGCCGCUGGUACCGCUGUCACUGCUGGCACCGAGGCCACCAAGACCGAGACGGCCCCGGCGGCUGCCCCUGUUGAGACUCCGGCUGCCGCUACUGAAGCUGCUACUGAAGCUGCUCCCGCUGCUGCUGCCGAGGAGAAGAAGGAGGAGGCUCCCGCCCCAGCUGCUGCCCCCGCUGCUGAGACCACCGCCGCGGCUGCUGCUCCGACAGCUGCCACCGAGCCGACCCCCGCUCCUGCUCCGGCCCCAGUCGCUGCUGAGCCGGCUCCUGCUCCCGCCGUGGAGACCCCUGCUCCCGCUCCCGCUCCCGCUCCCGCUCCCGCUGUCGAGGAGGAGAAGAAGGAGGAGGCGGCUGCUGCUCCGGCUGUCGAGGCCACUCCUGCCUCGGCUGCUGCUCCUGCUGCGGCUACCACCACCACUACUGCCUAA